GAUGAUGAGCAGGUCUUGACUCCAGAGGGCCGUCCGUGUUGUGACUUCCUCCUCCUCCACCUCCUCCUCGUACUGUAAGGCUCCCCAGGGCUCCGUGCACCUCGAGGCAGGCCCCGUGAUGUGCGUGGCGUGAGGGCAACAUGGACCCGGACCUGGCUAGUGAUAGAUAUAUGGAAUUUGACACCGCAGAAGAUGACGCCUUCCUUAUACAGAGAAUUGACUCCAACGAGAUUAUAUACUGCCCCCCGAAGAGAAAGUACAAGCUGGUGGGGCGAUAUGUCAUGGGCGACAAGCUUGGGGAGGGCAGCUACGGCAAGGUGAAGGAAUGCCUGGACCAGGACACCCUGCAGCGCCGCGCCGUCAAGAUCAUGAAGCGUAAGACCCUCCGCCGCAUCCCCAAUGGAGAGCAGAACGUGCAGCGCGAGAUCCAGCUGCUGCGGCGACUUCGGCACCGCCACGUCAUCAGCCUGUGCGACGUGUACCACAACCAGGAGAAGGGCAAGAUCUACAUGGUGAUGGAGUUCUGUGUCACUGGCCUGCAGGAGAUGCUAGACAAGGCUAAGGACAAGAAGUUCCCCAUCUGGCAGGCGCAUAUGUACUUUGUGCAGCUGGUGGAUGGGCUGGAGUACCUGCACAGUCGAGGGGUUGUGCACAAAGAUAUCAAGCCGGGUAACCUCCUCCUCAGCAGUGACGGCAACCUCAAGAUAUCAGAUUUUGGGGUGGCUGAGCAACUGGACAUGACGACAGGCAGUGAUGAGAUCACCACCAGCCAGGGCUCGCCACUCUUCCAGCCCCCUGAGGUGGCUGGCGGCGUGCGGACCUUUCCAGGCUUCAAGGUGGACGUGUGGAGUGCCGGAUGUACCCUCUUCAACCUCACCAGUGGCAAGUACCCAUUUGAGGGGGAGAACAUGUUCCGCCUAUUUGAGAACAUCUGUGAGAAGCAGCUGGAGGUGCCCACAGAGCUGGAGCCAGCCCUGCGUGUGCUACUGGAGGGCAUGCUGAGGAAGGACCCCUACCAGCGCCUCAGCCUUGCCCAGGUCAAAGUUCAUGACUGGUGUUGCAAGAAGCACCCGCGCACAGAGGAGGAGGUGGGGGUGGUGAAGAGCGAGCGGGGCAACCAACACGCCACCACCAUCCUGCCUUACCUGCGCUCCCACUACUAUGCGUCAGACUCUGAGGACGAGCUGAUCACUGAGCACGAGCUGAAUGGGAAUAUGGUGGCAGUAAUCUUCCAUCCUGGCUGCAGAGUGUGCCACCAGGCUGCACCCCCAUCACAGGGGGAAUAUGAUGUAUGAGACAAGAAACCAAGUGGAACACCAGCUGCAGCUCUCCCCAGCAGACCUUCAGGAGAAACCUAAUGGCACCAGCAAGCAGCAGAGACGGCGGCGGAAACCCAUCUCCUGCAUCAGCGUCAAGUCCCUCACAUCCUGCAAGCAGUCCUGACACUGCUCCUGCACCCCAUACUGAAGUGCCGAGCUCACACCACGCCUGCUGGGGGAGACCAAUGCCCCUCCUGCUCUACCUGAGGUGACAGAGUGAGUUGUGCAUCUGUCCCUCAGGUCCCCCAGUCUCCAGCCAGCUGAGAGGGUCAUAAAUGCUGUCUCACAGGGUCCAGGCCAUCAGGGGUGACACAGGAGGAGAGGAGGACAUGGAAAAGCCUCCAUUGUUUGGUCCAAGGAGUGAAAAGAGACCAGCAUGUUGCAGCAUCACCAAAGAUCUCUGGUCAACUUGACUUGCCUGAGGAACCUGGCUGCUUCUACCUGAUGAUGGUGUGCUUGGAGAUGCAAGGCAAGGUGGAAAGAUGCCCAUUGCCAGUCAGGAAAGUGUGGUGCCAGUGGGGAGGAAGAGAGAGGGAAGGUAAGGAGAUAGAGGAGCAAAGGGAGUGAUGUGAUUGCAUGACUUGAGCCUCUGCCCCAGUCCCUUCAGGCAGGCAAAAAGGAUGAAGGCAAGUCCCACAAAGGGAAAGGAAGGAAGUAUUUGUGGAAAUGUUUUAUUUAAGGGUUGUCUGGUUGAAGGUAUAGAUAAAAAAAAUAUAUAUAUAAAGGUGCUCUCCAGAAAAUAAAACAAAAGCUAAAAAAAAUAAUAAUAGGUGUAAGGGUAAAUUUCAGGCUGAUUUUGUAUAUACUAUAUUUAUAUGUUUCCAGUAUAAAAAAAAACAAAAGAGAAAAUGUGUCAUACUUAAGUGUACAAAUACGUAGUCAUAUACUGAUUGAUGAGCUGUGAGGGGGGAAGUAAAGAAGAGGAGGAGGAGAAUAAACUGGUAGAAAGGAAGAAAGGAGGAGGAGGACAGCCACAAAAGUGCUUGAGGGUGAGGACCAAGUGCACUGAAAAUAAUGAAUGAGAGGAAAGAAAUUUUAAGAUUGUCUCGAGAUGAAAAAAAAGAAAGACAAAAAAAAAUGUGAUAAAUGUGAUUUGAAAAGAUGAGAUGCCAGGACAUUAGAGGAAAAUGUUACUUGUGUGUGCCUGAUAGGAAAAGGAGAGGAAGGAGAAGGCAGUGUUAGUGUAGAAUAGAGAAAUGAUAACAUGUAUGUAUACAAGGAUUUAAGUAGGAAAAUAGAAGUGUGAUGAAUGAAAAGGAAAA